UAUAAUUUGACGUUUGAACGCGAAGGACGUAACCAAUUGCAUCUAAGUUUGAAUGAUACGCGCGACGUUAAAUAUCUCGGACAAUAACGUUACGGUACCGAUAACACGGCAAUGAUAGAUUAUAUCGUCUAAUAGAAGCUGUUAACGUCGAUUCGAAGAUUGUGGAGGAUUUAGUUUUUAUCCAAGGAUCAAACGGAUCAUGCGCCCGGCGGCCGCGCGAUCAAAUCGAUCGUCCGUACAUCAUCUCAAGUCAUCCCCGAUUUCAAGCCCAUCGACAACGUCGUCCGUUUAUCAUCAUCAUCAGCAGCAGCAGCAACAGCAAAUUCUGUAUGCUCCCGUCAGUAACCCAAUGGUGACUCUCCAACCGUGUGGAACAGCGCUUCAUCCUUCGUGCGUUUAUCCGAACGUUCAGUCUCACGUUGUUUCACCGAAUUCCGCCCAUUUACAUCUCCAAGGUAAGAAUAAUCGAUGGCACACCAAGAACAAGCCGUCUCGCGGUCAGCAAUACUAUCAACAGCAGCAACAGCAACAGCGCCUCUCGUAUAAUCCAAAACCCGUCGUACUCUUUGACCAACCGUCCACCAGCGUUGCACCAAUCCCCCCAUCGACCACAUCCUUCUUAGUAGCCUCAUCCACAUUCACUCAUGCUGGACCAUUGCACAGCGAACAUUACAGUAACAAUCCCGGAGUGACGCAUCUGUUACCGCAGCCUUUCAACUUCAAGCCGCCGGAUGUGCAGGCCCUCUGCUUCAUCCAAGACCGACCGAACAUUCAGCAACAGCAACAACAACAGCAGCAACAGCAACAGCAUCCAUUGCCAAGUUCCUUCUACAAUAUCUCGGCCACAAACACCUGCAGUCUGCAAACCGUCAACGCGAACUCGUCUUUCCCACUUGCCAGCCUCAAUCCUUAUUCCAACCUAGCUAGCUUCAACAACAAUCAAUUCCCAGUAACGGUGCAGUCCUCUCCGUUCUUUUCGAAUCCGCCCGUCGGUGUAGUCCUCGCACCACCGCGAGGAGACAAGCCUUCAUCCGCGUUAGAUUUCGCGCCGUUCAAGCAUAACGCGGACAAGAUAUCGAACGCCCGCGAGUCCCAAGUCGUUCCAACCGGUCAAAGCGAGCAUGGCUGGCCUUCUCAGAUUGAGUUCUCCAAAAGCGACGCGCAAACUGUCGCGGGAAAUAACAGGAGUCUCGAGUCGGCCGAGUGCGCUUUGCAGAAAUCUCUCUCUGUCGUUGCGAAGACGGACGAGGAGCAUUACUCCGACGAGUCCUCGACCAGCUUUGACUUUACCAUCGAGGCCGAGAAGAUGGUCUCCGCUCUGUGCAACACCACAUCUUCGAACGAUUUAGGCAAGGAGGAAUCGAAGCCCGGCAACAAGACUGAUUCCACGACGUUGUUCAAUGGCGCGGGCGACAACAAAGCGAGCUGGUUCGCCGAUUUUUGCUUCGAGUACGAGAACGGGACGUCGAUAGGCGUCCAAACGGACAGUCCGUGCGUCGAUAGAUCGCAGUAUCCAGAACUGAUUCGGAAGACAGCUCACUGGGGAUGCACACAGGCUGAGAUUGUUCUCGAUUCCGACGACUCGCAAACAGACUUCAAACGGUGUUGGUUAACGUGCCUGUCGUCCGCCACCAGGAUGGCAAUCACGAAAUCCUCGACUUGCAUCCCGGUCUUUGCGGGGGAUCGAGUCUUCGCCGACGAUCUCAUAAAUGCCCUUCUGCGCAUCAGCAACGGUUGGUUGAGCCUCGACAACUACCUGAACAAACAACAUUUUCCCAAUUUACUGGACAGAUUAGAUCCCGAGUUAAUCGCGCACUUCCAGACGUGGGAAGAAAGCACGUGCGAAUUACUGAAGCAAAUAGUACGAACGUUCCAGAAGUUCGGCGAAAACAAAGAGACGGGUCAGAAACGCAACGUGACGUCGUCGUUUCCAGGCGACGUGUCGCUUUACACAACCUACGAUCUUUUCGUCCCGUUGUCUUCGAAUUCUUUUUCUCAACAAAAUGCGAUUGGAACAUCCUCGUCGCUGGAGAAACCACGCGGCGCGACGUCGACGUCACUACUGACAAGCGGUCUGCGUAAUUUUCAAUACAACUCCAACUAUCAGCAGGAGCAGCAACCGUUGAAUCCGAAGGAGAGCAAAUUGCGGAGCAAGUGGACAAUCACCGAGAAUUUGUCGUCCGCGAUUAACGCCACAAAAUCCGUGCCGAACGUUUCUGUGUGUCACACCGACAUCGGCGGUCUGGCAAGUCAUAAGCUUCGCACAAAAGACGCAUCAUCAUCCAGGAAGAAUGAUGUCACUCAGAAAUCGUUGAACGCCGAAUUCUGUCAGCUGAGGAGCAAAGUGAUGGAAAGCAGUGCAGACGCAACGAAGGACAGAAGACACGAUUACACACCGGAAGACAAGCUUACGACGGUGCUCGAUAACACCGAGUCAAUACGGCUGCAGCAUCCAGCGAUGAACGCUGUAGCUCCUAUGAGCUACAGUGGAUUAUACGCGCGGAACUGUCUAUCCUUCACGUUUCCUUUGUCCAAUCACCCGGACUCUUCGUAUCCCGCAUCCAAUCCGGGAAUCCCAACGUACGGUGUCGGUUAUCCACUUUCAGGGCCUUAUCCCGGUACCGAUAUCAAUUCGAGAUGCGGCAGGAACUCCGAACAGAUUUACGGAGUUAAAAGCGCGAACGUCAAUCCAAUUUACGUCGGCAGAUCGCAAACGGAUCAACUAGAACUCCCGGCUGUACCCAGGAACAAGAUGACCCUGCUCAGUCAAAUCGAGCCGCGGACAUUCGACAAGGAGUCCGAGGAAAUGGCGGCCAAUUUGUCGGCCUGGUUCGCCAGUAUGCGAAACGCGCAGCCUCCAGCGUCGGCCGCGUCGACCUUCGAGGAGCCGAGGACAAACGAGAACUCGACGCCGCGAUUGUUCGUUCAGGAGACACCCAAGUACUCGAUGGUCAUGGCCAAGCAAACGCAGAUCGACACGAAUCGACAGUUCCAGGCGUUGCAGAAUCUGCCGAAUAUCCAGAGCACUCCCUGGGCCGCCGCCGGCUUUAUCGGCAGUCGUGUCCAUGUGCAACAAUCGCCCGAGGAAUAUGAUAGCUCCGAAGACGUGCGGAUAUACAUGAAACCGGGCAGCUACAACGUGCCGAAAAAGAGACACCAGAGAAGACCCAAUCAUCGUCGAUCGAGCAACAACGCGACGUCUCGCAACGCGCACGCGAGCAGUCAUCGCAGCGUGUGCGGUAACAACGGGAAAGGUGUUACGAUACCAGCAUCGUCGACGCCUCUAUCUCACGCGAGCGCGCCAGCCUUGUUCACUAACAUCAGUAACACCACGCUGAUAAAGACCUCGUUCCCGCCAGCUUCGCAGUUGCCCGUGCCUCUGUUCAACCUCGAGAACUCACCUAGGAUCCUGAAGCGCACGGAAUCUCUAUCGCUGGACGCGCGUCAGGACGUCACCUGGAAAGCGGCAUGCGCCUCAGCCGAGAUACUUCUCGAGGCCCUCAACAUAAAGGAUUGCAGCGAUACGUGCAAAAACGUCGAGUGCAACGACGGCAGCGGCAAGAGGGAGGAUAAGAAUGAAGAAAAUGUUGAAGUCUUGGCAAUGACGUCGCAGCGGAGCGAUCCGAAAUCAAUGAAGCAUGAUAAUGUUGACCGUGCGUCUUCGUAUGAAGCCUCGGAGGAUGACUCGGGGUCCACGUGCAGAUUAUCGCGUAGCGCGAGCAUAAUAUCGGUAUCCCAGUCCCGCGAGGAUGUGAAUGCUCUCGAUAUCAAGACCAACGUGAAAACGGAUUCCUGGCUGAUCAGGACUCUCAAUAACGCGAGUAUCGUCGGCAAGCAGAAGCGAAGACGUGAGGACGAUGUCGAUCGACGAAGCUCGGAGUCUUCGAACAGCUCGGAAAUUGUUGACGUAAAACCGGAGCGGCUCGCAUCGUCGUCGACCGCGGAUGUAACGUCACCCGCAGAUACAAAGACUCGCGCGACGAUCAUCAACAGCGAGUAUCCAGCGAUAUUUUCUCGCGAACACGUAUCUAAUCCCUUCGCGAACAAAGACGAAACGCCGACAAAAGAAUUGGAAAAUCACGUCGGCAGAGCCACGUACUCUGAAACGGUACGAAGAUCUAUGAAAACGAGCAACCUACACCUGGAGAAGAAAGAGCCGGUCAAGUCGUGCGCGACCAAUUCACCGGUGACCGCCGUAAUACCAAUUCCUGGCCGCAAGUGCCAGAGGAAAGACCCCGUGCAAUCCUACCAGCUUCUGCACAAAUCGCGAAAGUCAGCCGACAAGAAAACAGCGAGAAAUGCAGAGAGCAACGAUCUCCAAUUGGAGGAAGGAGCGUGCGCGAAAGUCGGCGAUGUCAAGUCGAACAACAUAACGAAAUCGUCAGCUAUCACAAAAACGAAUCACGGCAGGAAGAAGGAUUCGGAACACUUGGAGGGCAAGCGCGCCAGCAAAUCGAGCGAUCGUGGCUGGUCGGUGUGGUGCAGCUCCAAGAGGAAACAGAAUCUCAGCCCUCUGACAUUUAACAAGUUGGAGACGAUUCGUCGAACUAUCUGGCAGAUGGACGAGGCGAAGGUCUUAAAGUAUCCGCUCUCGUGCGACAAUAAGAAUGGCCAGUCUUCAUCCACUUUAAUGAUGGAAGAUUAUUGCAAGAUCGUUAAGAGUCCGAUGUUUCUCGAGAUCGUCGAGUACAAGUUGAAGAACCGGCUUUAUCAUAAAGUCGAACACGCUGUAAAAGAUUUCCGUCGCAUUAUUAACAACGCGAGAUUAUAUUAUCAGGACGACGAUGAACGAACGAGAAAGAUUGAGGUGCUCUCGAAGAAAUUGGAAGACUUACUCGAGGAACAUUUCGGCAAUUUGGACUUUGACAAUAUUACCGGCAGUCCGAGAGAAGAUUCAUCGACCCAGCUGCGACUUAAGACAUCUGGACAGAAAUCGAUCGCGGGACGCUGCGAUAGCACGAAGAAAAGUGUUUCUUCGUCGAUUAUCGUGGAGGAUUCUUCGCUCCACUGACCGUUAUAACUUCUCGUCGAAAUGAAAACUCCAAAUCGAACUAUUGCAACGAAACUAUUAGAGAAACUAACGUUCUUUACAGGGCAUUGUGUGUAAUAACUUCUUUCUAGUCACGAGCCAUUUCGUACGGUUAAUGAUGUCGUAGGUGUUUUCUUUUUUUUUCCGUUCUC